AUGUGUUUUCUUAAGACAUCCUGUGAAGUUAAUGAAUGCAGAAAAAUUGAAACUCUUGAAAGUUUGGAUCUGGGUUUUGAUAAUGAUGUCACAGAACUUGAAACUUUUGGAGUAACCACCACCAAGCCCUCAAAGUCACCAAGUCCAGCAGGUACUUCCACAAUACCCAGCAUGACAGACACUCCCACAGCCGCCAGAGCAGCAGCUACACCUGUGACACCAAGUACACCAGAUAUCUCUGCUGAUUCCAGAAGUUUAUGUCAGAUUCUGGUGGAACAACUGCAAAAGGAGAAACAGCUGGUCACCGGUAUGGAUGGGGGCCCAGAAGAGUGCAAAAAUAAAGAUGACCAAGGAUUUCAACCAUGUGAUGAGAAGGUAUCAAAUUCUGACAUGACUUCGAUGCAAGAUAAUGACUUGACAACAUCUGAUGCCUUACAGUUAGAAAGCACUAAGGAAAUUGAAGUUUCUGGUAAAAAUGAUGUAGCCUCAGAUAUGACACUUGCUGAUAGUCAAAGACUAAGUGUUCUAGAAAACGCAAAGGAAAAGACUGUUACAGCAGAAGCAGCUCAAACUGAAGACGUCAUUUCUUGUAAUAGUGAUACAGAUGAGGACUGUUUAAUUAUUGAUACAGAGUGUGAACAUAAUAGUAAUGGAAAAACAGCUGUUAUGAGUACUAAUUUAAAUUCUGAACCAGCAACCCUCAGUUCUUCCUCAAGACAGGCUCCUGUAGGAAACCAGACUAAUACUACUUGUAGUCCUGAAGAAUCAUGUGUCUUAAAAAAACCUAUCAAACGAGUAUAUAAAAAAUUUGAUCCAGUUGGAGAGAUUUUAAAAAUGCAAGAUGAGCUCUUGAAGCCAAUUUUCAGGAGAGCACCUGAAUUGCCCCUAAUGAAUUUAGAAAAUUCUAAACAACCUUCUGUUUCCGAGCAAGGCUCGAGUCCUUCAGAUGCCUGCAGUUGGCCCAAAUCUGGAUGGCCUUCUGCAUUCCAGAAGCCAAAAGGACGAUUGCCAUAUGAACUUCAGGACUAUGUUGAAGAUACAUCGGAAUAUCUAGCUCCUCAGGAAGGAAAUUUUGUUUAUAAGUUAUUUAGCCUGCAAGACCUGUUGUUACUCGUGCGUUGCAGUGUCCAGAGGAUAGAGACAAGACCACGUUCUAAAAAACGGAAGAAAAUCAGAAGACAAUUUCCAGUUUAUGUGCUACCAAAAGUAGAGUAUCAAGCUUGUUAUGGAGUUGAAGCUCUGACCGAGAGUGAACUUUGUCGCUUAUGGACUGAAAGCUUAUUGCACUCCAACUGUUCGUUUUAUGUUGGGCAUAUUGAUGCAUUUACUUCAAAGCUUUUCCUGCUGGAAGAAAUUGCCUCGGAAGAAUUAAAAGAAAAGGUUUCAGCGCUCAAGAUUUCAAGUUUGUUUAACAUCCUCCAACAUAUUCUAAAGAAAUUAAGUAGCUUGCAGGAGGGUUCCUACUUGUUAUCUCAUGCAGCAGAAGAUUCUUCACUCCUGAUCUACAAGACCUCAGAUGGAAAAGUCACCAGAACAGCAUACAAUCUGCAUAAAACGCAUGGUAGCCUUCCUGGCAUACCUUCCAGUCUUUCAGUUCCCUGGGUCCCAUUAGAUCCCAGUCUCUUAUUACCAUAUCAUAUCCAUCACGGAAGAAUACCUUGUACUUUUCCACCUAAAUCACUGCAUCCCACAGCACAACGAAAGGUUGGUGGAGCAAGAAUGCUUACACGCAGCCACAGGAAUCCAGUCUCCAUGGAAACCAGAAGCAGUUGCUUGCCUGCUCAGCAAGUUGAAAAUGAAGGAGUGGCUCCAAAUAAAAGAAAAAUAACUUAGGGGUUGUACUGUGGGAAAUGAAAUCUCGGAAAAGCCUGUUCAUGGUAGUUUAAUUCAGAAAAGUUUGAGGGGAAGGCAAGAGAAACGGUUUUUUUAAUAGUAUUCUCAAGAGUUCUUAGAGUGCCUUGAAAAAAUAUGUUGGCUGUGUAAAGGAAUUUUUCAACUAAAAUGGAAUGUUAUGUGCUUCACCCUUGAACUUUGAGGAGACUCUUGAUAUGUUUUAACAUUAUCAUGGCAGGGAAAUAUAUACAUAAGAAAAAUAUUUUUACAUUAGAUCUUUUCUAAAAAUUGUAAAUAGAUAGUUUGCUUUUUUUCAAAAAUUACACAUAUUAUGUAUAUGCAAAUAAUUUGAGUUAUACUGUCAGUCUGUUAAGACUGAUGCAAAAGGUUAAAUAUUGCCACUGUCAAAGGUAAUUAUGAGUAUCACAAACCUUGUUUCUGGCCCAUUUUAACAGGUUUUAUAUACAACAUUAAAAUGAUGGUUGUUGCAGAUUAGUAAAGUUAACACCUUUAAAAACUUGGUGAAAUUCCAUUGCAGAAGCCAAAAAUAAAAAUAAAAAAUCUCCCUGCCUCUGAAGAAAAAAACAAAUGUUAUGGCAUAGCAUAUGGUGACAGAUACCUCAUUCAAACUGAGUGUUGAAAUAUACUUCUGAAAGCAAAAAGAUGAGUAUGUUUUCCAGAAGAAAUUUCAUUGUUCCAACUGACAAGGUUAAUGUGGUAAACCAUAAGCUAUUUUUUUCCAUUGUCAAUACUGAUUUAAUUUUCCAGGCCCACAGAUGAAUUUGGAAGAAGGCAUAAUCAGUUGAUGUUACUAUAGCAAAUUUGAACUUAAGAAAGGACAGACUUGUUUAAUUUUUAGAACCCAGUUAUUUAAUGUAACACUCAAAUUUUCAGAAAAUAUGUGUCAUUUGUAAAAUACAAGUGUUAUAAUCCUAGGUAAUAUUUGCUUUGCUUUAAAGUUGUUUGUGUACUCUUGUUAAUACAAGAAGUUAAGCCUGAAAAUUUCCUCAAAUAUAAGUAACAGUUGAAAAUAUC